AUGAUAGAGUUGUACUUAAAUGACGAAGUCAAAAAUAAAAGUAAACUGUUCGAACUUAGAGAAGUGCUCGAGGAAGCAGCUCUUCCUAAACUUAGUAGAGUACUCAUUAGUGACGAUGUUGAUGAAUGUCUCACGCACGCAAAGCAAGUCAUCAUUCUAGAUGUUAUCCCAAGAAAAGGUCCUAGUUUUUCAGACAACAUGAAACAAGAUGAGUGGGAACCAAGAAAUGAGUGGUUAAUACGACGCUUUUUAUAUUUUGACAAACUUGGACAAAAAAUGAAAGAAAAAUGUCCGAAAUCUGUCAGAGUCCUAUUAGCUGGAAACAUAGUAGCAGACACAUUUCUCAUGGAAAUGACCACGCCUAUAUGUUUUGACGUGACAACACUUCACAAAAGAACGAAAGGGAAGAUACCGCCAGAACAAAUAGUUGGUCUAGUAAAGCCACUUGAAUUGAAAGUAAAAGCUGCUGUGGCUAGACACCUGAAAGUCCACACAUAUGAUCUCACUGAUGUCGUAAUUUGGGGGAACUUGGGGAGUUCAGUAUUUUUAGAUUUAUCUCGUUCUUGUGUAUCUUGCAGAAGACACUUUGAUGCGAGUGUCGUCGGCGGAAGCCACAUUCGGCUUCCAACCUUGAGUGUAGCUGAGAACCCACAGUGGUUACACAAAGAACUGCUGAAUGAACUACAGAAAGAAAACAGUACUAGAAAAUCUGAGUAUAUAGGACUACUCUACGAAAAUGCUAUGGCUGAGUGCUUAAAAGAAUGCUGGAACAGUAACCAAAGCCAACCUAACCAAAUUACUUCACUUGUUAUGAUAUCAAAAGGCUGGUAUGGCGUACCAGAAGGGACCGCAUUUUCGUUCCCUGUUAUGUGCGGCUCCUAUGGAUAUUGGUGGAUUGUGGAAGAUAUGCCUCUUACGCCCGAAGUUGAAACUCAGUUGAAAACAUCCAUUCGAAGUGUCCUCGAAGAUUGGGCAGUUGUUGAUCCCUUACCAUUGGAAGACUUUUUAAAAAAAGAACGAAAACCCAAAUAUAACUAUAAUGAAUAUCAGGCACAAAAUAAUGAAGAGAAUUAA